AUGACUUAACUAGAUUUAUAGCAAACUAAUAAAAAUUCCAGAGAAAGAAAUGUUCUAAAAACCAAGCACGUCCUUUCUAUCCACAGCACAAGAGCUCAGGGUAACGGAAGGUACAUGGCUCGGUUCAUAUAACCUAAAAGGACCCUGGUCAAAUCAUACGGAGGUUUCUAAUACCCAAGGCACCAAUUCAUCACACCUACGACUGACUUUAUAGUUUAGAAGUUUGAUGAUCUUGUAUCAUGGACCUUAUCUCAUCCAGUUUCCUCCAUUUUCUUAAAAAGAUUGACCUGUUUCGAGACCUUAAUUAUUCACAGUACUUGGAUACCUUUACUUAGGGUGGCGUUUAAUGAACUGCCUUUCCUAUCAAUUUUCGAAUAGGUAUAAUUUCUAGAAAGUUCCUUAUUAUUUAAUAUUGAUUACUUAUAUUUCGAUAAAGUAUGACAUUAAAUUCAAUAAAUAGGUAUUUGAUGGAAUGCCCUUGUUCUUCUAAGACUCAAAGAAAAUUAAUUUACCGACUUUGAAGUGGGGAAAUUUUCAUCCAAUGAAAUAUCAGAUCUUAUCAAAUUUAAUUCAUUUAGAAGUAAAAAUUUAUAUGCUCAAUAUAAAGUGA